AUGUCAGAUCAUUCCCAACAAAUGCAGACAACGACUACAACUGCUGCCACUCAUACGGCCGGCUGCCUCAUUCAGUUGCCCGAUGGUCGUUUCGUGAUGCAGGCUCCUGCGGGGCCAGCAGCUGCCUCCGGUCUAAGUACUGCCGGCCCGAUGUUUCUUCAGGCACAACAGACACAGGUCAUCCUCUGCUUUAUUACACUUUAUUUAGAUUAA